ACCAACUUGUCCAAUAUAAGAAAUCAUCCAAAAAUGGCACACCAACAUAUCUCAAUGGGGCUAGCCAUGAUUCUCGCCACCGCCCUUUUAGCCGGCACGGUGACAGCCCAAUCCAGCGACUGCACAAACGUCCUCAUCAGCAUGUCCCCGUGCCUCAACUACAUCUCCGGAAACUCCUCCUCCCCCUCCUCCGGCUGCUGCUCACAGCUGCGCACGGUGGUGGGAUCCCAGCCACAGUGUUUGUGCGAGGUUCUCAACGGCGGCGGCUCCAACCUCGGCCUCAACAUCAACCAAACCCAAGCCUUGGCCUUGCCCGGCGCAUGCAAUGUCCAAACUCCCCCUCUCACCCAAUGCAAUGCUGCAUCUCCGGCCGGGUCUCCUGGCUCAGCACCGGAGUCUCCCAAUACCGGCUCAGGGGAUGGAUCUAAGACAACUCCAAAUGGCGGUGGUGAUGGUUCCUCAGAUGCAACUUCAAAUAAGUUGGGUGCUACUACACUGCUGUUCUGCCUUUUCUUCAUAGCCUCCAUGGCUUGAUUUCAUCCUCUACUUAAUUACAUAUUCUUUAUUAUUGAUUUAUAUUUAUAUGCGACAUGUUUAAUUUAUUGGAGUAAGAGACUAUUUUGCUAGUUUCUUCUCUGAAUAAAAACUACUACUACGGAGUACUA